GGUCGUUCUGUUGUCCAAGAUGGCGGCGCCCAGAGAGUCGUGUUGAAGGAAAUGAAGGGCAGGCAGAGCGCCGGGGCCGGUCCCUCCGUUAUCCGCUUUACCUCCGGUUACGGCCGGCACUGAGAUUGAAACACCUCACCCGACCGAAAAUUUUUGCAGCACAUCCAAGAAAAAACAUCAUGCAACAGAUGCCAUGCAAGUUUGCCUGUUUCUUUAGAGUCAUCAAAGUAAAGGGAGUUACAUUUCAACAGCUGAACUUCUUCAGGCGAAAAUAUGCAAUGCAGCAUAAGAAAACACUUUAUCAGCAAGCAAAGCUGAAGCCAGAAUCAACUGUACCACCUUGCCUGGAAGGACAGCGUUCAAAUGAAGACACAAUGAUUGUCCAUGAGGUGAAAUCAAUUUCACCUCUUCGGCCUCCCUUCUCAGAGAAACCAGUGAUGAAUGAAGAAAUACCGAAGUUCUCAGCAGUUGCUACUGUUGCAAAAACUGUGGAAGAAUCAGCAUUGAAAGAAGAAAAAGAUUGGAAAGAAAUGAAAUUAAAUUUGGAUACUUUACCUAACAUUUUGGCUCGUUUGACCAAAAUUAAACUUACAGUCCUGGUUUUAGGUACGGGUUCAGCUGGAUUUGCGCUUGCACCCGUGCCGUUUGACUUAAGCUGCUUCCUAUUGGUCACCCUUGGAACAGGCCUGUCAUCGUGUGCAGCUAAUUCCAUUAAUCAGGUUUAAAAAACUGUUUGGGAAUAUCCUCCCCCAUCCACCCCUGAAAAAGAAAUGAAGCUUUCGUCUGCAUUCUGCAUGCUAUGUCUUAAUUUCCAAUUUAGAGAGUUCAGCUUCAUUGCAAUGAAUUUAAAAAGAAUUUGAAA